ACGGCAGAAGUGGCUGCAAAAAAACAGAAUACAGAUAAAAAGCCAAAAUAUAUCCACAACAUCUUGAAGCAUGCUGAGAAGCGUAAAUUGGAAGGGGAACGUCGCAAAGAGAGGCAAGUUCAAAAGGAGCGUGAAAUGGAAGGGGAAGAAUUUGCUGAUAAGGAGUCAUUUGUCACAGCCUCUUACCUCAAGAAAAUGGAAGAAUUAAAACAAGCAGAAGAGAAAGCGAGACUUGAAGAACUACAGGAAGAACAAAUUGAUGUAAUGAAGCAUAAGAACUUUGGUGCAUUCUACAACCACAUUUUUAAGCAAAAAAUGGGAGAAUCUGCUAUAAAAAAGGAACCAGAGGAUAUUGUCAUCAAGAAAGAACCAAACAGUGAUGGUGCAGCUGGCAAUGGAGAGACCGAGAUUAUACGGCGACAGGAUGACAACAGGCGUCAGAAACACUAUCGGACCCAGCGGGAUUUGAGUGAGUCUCCUGAGCGAGAGGUGCGAGGACAAAACAAAGUGGCAAGGCGCAGUGCUCCCUCUUCAGAUUCAGAGGAAGAGGAGAAGGUUGAGUCAUACAGAGAGAGGAGAGAGAGGCUAAGAGCAGCAGAAGACAGAAAGGACAAAGGUGAUGACAGGUCUAGGGGAAGGAGCAACUCCAGAGAAAGGAGACGAGAGAGAAGUAUCUCGCAUGAGAGGAGGAGAGAGCGAAGCCGGUCCAGGGAACGGAGAAGAGAAAGGAGUCACUCACGAGAGAGGAGGAGGGAAGGCAGCCAUUCAAGAGAGAGAAGAAGGGAUGUGGAGAAAACUUGGGAAAGAGGAAGAGGAUAUGACAGGACAAGAGAGCGGAAAUUUGGAAGGGAUAGGUCUCAGGAGAGAGAAAGAUCCAACAGGGGCAGACACAGAUCAAGAUCAAGGGAUCGCCAUGCUAGACACAGCAGGUCAAGAAGUCCACAACGAAGGAAGACUGGUGACCGACGAUCUCGUUCACCACAGAGGCGAUCAAGGAGUCGGGAAAGGGUGAAGAUUAAGGAAGAACCAAAAUCUCCAGACAGGAGAGAGAGUACAAAGGAAAACAACAAAGAUGAGAAACGCAGUACAGACAAGUCUAAAGAUGGAAAGGUGGAUAAUAAGUCACAGAAAGAAGGAGGUACCAAGGUGAAGAAAGAGAAUGAAGUGGAAGAGAAAGAGAAGAGAAUGGACAGGAUUCGCAAACUCUUUGAGAAACGAACUGUAGGAGAGAAGUUUGACUUUGCACUGCAAAGAUAUUAUGAGAGGAAAGCUGCAAGAGAAGCACAGGGUUAAAAUGCAAACCCAUGUUAGUACAAGUUUGUCCAUUUGAAAAUUCAUAUGCCUCUGCUUUUGAUGGCAGUGUCCAUUUUGGUUGUUUUUGAACAUUUUUUGAAAAGUGUAAACUGUUUAAAGAGCUUAGUAGGAAAAGAACUUUUGAACUUAUCAAAUGUUACAUGUGGAAAUUUUGAUAUGCUUGUUAAUAUACAUGAUAACUUGUAUAUUUAUUUGUAUGCAGCAUUUCCUAUUAAGAAUCUUGAUACUAGUUA